AUGAUCAGCAGCUACCAUAGCCACACUCUGUUACCAAACCAGUGUGGCUCGAGCCUUGUCCAAACCAUCGACGCGCCGCUGCCCCUGGUCUGGUCCGUCCUCCGCCAAUUCGACAACCCUCAAGCCUACAAGCAGUUCAUCAAGAGCUGCAGCAUGCGUGCCGGCAAUGGAGGCAUCGGAAGCAUCCGGGAAGUCGUGGUUAAAACCGGCUUGCCGGCGAAAAACAGCAUGGAGAGGCUGGAUGAGCUCGACGACAACAUGCAUGUCAUGCAUUAUAGCAUUGUUGGUGGAGAUCACAGGCUUGCAAAUUACAGUUCUACCACUACCGUGCACAGAGAAGAGGAAGGGAAGGCUGUUGUGAUUCAGUCGUAUGUGGUGGAUGUGCCUGCCGGGAGCAGCGAGGAGGACACUUGUUUGUUUACUAAUACGAUCAUCGGCUGCAAUCUUAAGUCGCUGGCUAAAGUCACAGAAAAGAUGGCUGCUAAUAAUUAA